UUACUAUUAGUGACCAAAAUGCAUCUUCUAUAAAAGAUAAGGAAUCUAUUAUUUCUGAUCCUAUACCUGAACCAAUACACAGCUCAACCCAGCCUCAAGAAAUGAUAUAUAAAGAAAAUGUUAUGCCCACUAUUUCUCAUAAGCGAAAGAAAGAACAAGGCUUAAUUCAGGAAAUAUCUGCAGGUGAUAGCCAAGAUGAUGCAUUCCUAUCUACCCAAGAUCAU